AUGGGCCUGCUCAUUACGUAUGCCGUAACAGAAAAGAAACAAACUGUAAAGCACCUGGAGGAGCUAACAGCACAGAAGGAAAAAGAAGCAAAAUCUGCAGAAGAAAAGUUAGAUAAAGAAUUAAUUGCAUUUGAAGAAUUUCUUGAACAAAAUAGCAUGAGUGCCAUGGAUGCAUUUAGAAAUGCAAGUAAAGAAAAAAAGUCCAAAUUGAAAGUGGCAACACAUGUAAGGUCAGCUGUGAAAGAAAUCUGUACUCUUAGAAGCGAAAUCUCAGAUGCUGAGUUUCUCCUCCAGGAGUCCUUGCACUAUGAAGCUUUUUUGAUGGAACUUUCUCCAAAAGAAUGGCAAGAACAGCAAAAAAAAGAUGCACAAAACUCAAAACCUCCUCCGUGCUGGACAAAGCCAACUGCAAUGUCUACUGUAAUUUUCAGAAUGCGACCAUCAAAGCAGAAAGAGAAGCCUGUGGCAAUCACAGAGAAGAGUGCAAAACACAAGAAGAAAACACUCACUGCCUGUGAGACUGGCCCACAAAAGACAGUUUUCUCCACUGUUAGAGAAGACGAUGACCUCAACUCUUUUAAGGUAGGACUAGAAGAAGGAGUGGAAGAGAUUGAAUUUAGAUCCGACUCAAGUGACAGCAGACCGUCAUCACCAGGGUGGGAAAAUAGGAUGGACAGUGUAACAUAUGACUUGCCUGUGGAGGAUGUGGACUGUGAUGUGGUGCCAGAGAUAUAUUUCACUGAUCCAAAACAGUUACUUCAGAUUUUCAGCGAUCUAGAGGAACAAAACCUUGCAUUGAUUCAGACUAUUCAAGACUUAGGAGAAACUGUGGAUGAAAUUGAAUAUACAGCCAGUGCCAUAAAGGAAAAGAUAGCUGACAAAAUAAGGAUCCUGGCUAGACACAAAGAGGUGCUAGAAGCAGCCUGUGUUAAAGAAGAAGAAAAAAGUGUCCAGUUGGCACUAAAGACUAAGAUGUUUUCUGUUGGAGAGUUUAGUUCAGAAGUCCAGGAUAGAAUGCUGAAUAUGCUUAAUAAGAAGAUUGCAGAAGUCUAUAAGUUUAGUGUUGGAAGAGAAGAGACAUCAAAUCUUGGCUCAAUUCAGAUGUUGAAAAAAAUUGAGGAUCGAAUAGAAGAACUGUGUGACUUGAUGGAAACAAUCCCAAGUGAAAUUAUUGAACAAGCUGAGAAAAGAAAGAUGAAUGAGAGAAGGAAAAGAUUACGUGAAGAAAAACUGAGACGAGAAAAGGAACUUCAGACAGAACGCCUGAAGUCUUCUCUACAGAGAGCUAUCGCAGAACCAAAGAAAAAGGUGGGAAGACGACUGGUAUUUCGUUCACAACCUUCAGCCAUUAAAACAAAGAAGGCAGCCAAAGCUGAGGUCCCUGCGAAUACGGAGGAUGACUUGCAGUUUUUCAUUUAG